AUGGUUAUGGGGUUUCUGAAGCCUUUGAUCUUUGCAUUUCUUGGCAUAUUGGCCACGACAGUUCUGGUUCAUGCCCAAAAUCAAACAGGUUUUAUUAGCAUAGACUGUGGAAUUCCGGAAAAUUCUCCCUACACGGACAAGAAAACAGGCAUUGAUUAUGUUUCGGAUGCAACCACCAUAGACACCGGUGUAACAUACAGUAUUUCUGAUGAGUACAAAAAUGACACCCUGGAUCAACAAUUCUACAACCUGAGAAGCUUUCCUGAAGGGACCAGAAAUUGUUACACUAUAAAAACUGAAGGUUCUGACCAUAAUAAGUUAUUGAUCCGAGCGAGAUUUAUGUAUGGAAAUUAUGAUGGCCAAGGUAUCCUGCCAAGUUUUAAUCUAGUGCUUGAGUCUGAUGUAUGGGAUACAGUGGAAUUCAAAGACGCGGCCACUCCCCGUAGCAGGGAGAUCAUCCACAUCCCCCAGAACAAUUAUGUAUAUGUCUGUCUUGAAAACACAGGCUUUGGGACACCUUUCAUAUCAGCUUUAGAGGUGAGGCCAUUGAUGAAUACCAGUUACGCAUCAUUUGUGUUAGAUGGAUCACUAGUGCUCUUCUUUAGGUAUGAUUUAGGUUCAACAACAAACGAAACAAUCAGGUAUAAGGAUGAUGUUGUUGAUCGAAUAUGGUUGCCAUUUAACUUCAAGAACUGGAAAAUAAUCACCACCGCAGCAACUGAUCGCCUGGAGAACAUGUUUGACGAGUACCAAGUACCAGUUUCAAUUAUGAGUACUGCUGUCACACCAGCAAUUGCGAGCGAACCUUUGCAAUUUUUUUGGGGGGAUAAUGUUACCAGAUCGUAUCAUAUCUUCACGCACAUUGCUGAUAUUCAAGAUUUAAGUGCCAACCAGACUAGAGAAUUUAACAUCUCUGCUGACGGGGAUGUUUGGUAUCCGGAUUUUGAUCCAUUUCCCUUCUUCACAACAACACGAUACAACCUUUUUCCUUUUAGUGGAUCGAGAAUUACCAUUUCAAUGGACAGAACUGUGAAUUCAACUCUGCCGCCAAUCUUAAACGCCGUUGAGAUAUACUGGCUAAAACAGUUCACAGAUCUGAUGACAAAUGAACAAGAUGUUGAUGCUAUCAUGAAUAUCAAGGAAAAGUAUGGAGUGAAAAGACCAAGUUGGCAAGGAGAUCCAUGUGUCCCUCUAAGUUAUGCGUGGGAAGGUCUUAAUUGCCGCUAUAAUUCUGGACUCCCAAAGAUCACAUCCCUGAAUUUGUCAUCGAGUGGACUUUCGGGCGAGAUAAGUCCUUUCAUACUCGGUCUGUCAUCCAUAGAGUCUUUGGACUUAUCAAACAAUAAUCUGACUGGAUCAGUGCCGGAGUUUUUAUCACAGUUACAAAACAUAAAAGUGCUAAACUUGAAAGGAAACAAUCUCAAAGGCACAGUUCCAGCUGGGCUCCAAGAAAAAGCGGACAAGGGUUUGCUGACAUUGAGAGUGGAUGGAAAUUCAGAUACUACUACUUGUUCCUCGGGUUCAUGCAAGGAGAAAAAGAAGUUUAAUAUUGUUCCUGUGGUAGCAUCAAUUGUUGCAGUUGUUGUGAUUUUGGCUGCAAUAUUUGCAAUUUUAUGGAUCCGAAGAAUUAGAAAGGUUGGGAAGAAUGGUUCGUUGGAGUUAAAAAAUCGAAGGUUCUCAUACUCUGAUGUGGUGAAAAUGACCAAUAACUUUGAGAGAGUUCUUGGGAGAGGAGGAUUUGGAACAGUUUAUUAUGGUUACUUAGACAACACUCAAACUCAUGUAGCUGUUAAGAUGCUAUCUCCAUCAUCAGCUCAAGGAUACAAGGAGUUUCAAGCCGAGGUUGAACUUCUUAUGAGGGUUCAUCAUAAGAACUUGACAGCCCUUGUUGGUUACUGUGACGAGAACUCGAAGAUGGGACUGAUCUAUGAAUACAUGGCUAAUGGAAACUUGGAAGCAAAUCUCUCAGACAACCAAGAAGGUAUCUUGACAUGGGAAGGGAGAAUUCGAAUAGCAACAGAGGCAGCACAAGGGUUGGAGUACCUCCACCGUGGUUGUAAGCCACCAAUUGUCCACAGAGACAUCAAAUCCACAAACAUCUUACUGAAUGAGACUUUCCAAGCAAAAUUAGCUGAUUUUGGCCUUUCCAAAAGUUUUCCUGUUGAAGGUGAAACUCACGUGUCAACAAAGAUUGCUGGAACCCCUGGAUACCUCGACCCUGAGUACUAUACAUCAAACAAGUUAACUGAAAAAAGUGACGUGUAUAGUUUUGGAAUGGUUUUGUUAGAGAUAAUCACUGGUAAACCUGUGAUUGAAAAAAGCUUUGAGAGGACUCAUAUAAGUCGAUGGGUAAGUUCGAUGCUUGAAAAGGCAGAUAUUAGAAAUAUAGUUGAUCCAAAAUUACGGGGAGACUUCGGCAUAAAUUCUGUGUGGAAAGCUGUAGAAAUAGCAAUGGCUUGUAUAGCUUCAACUUCCACCAAUAGGCCAACCAUGAGUAGGGUUGUGACGGAACUGAAUGAGAGUUUGGCGACUGAGAUAGCUUUCAGGAAUGUGAGUAGUGGGACUGAAUCAACAGUUUCUAUGGGCCUGGUCAACUUGGAUCUUCAUACUCAAAUGUCUCCCAUGGUUUUAUUAGCAGACUGUGAAUUCCGGAAAAUUCUCCCUACACGGAUAAGAAAACAGGCAUUGAUUAUGUUUCGGAUGCAACCAUCAGACACUGGUGUAACAUACAUGGAAAUCAAAGACGCGGCUACUCCCACUAGCAGGGGAUCAUCCACAUCCCCAGAACAAUUAUGUAUUGUCUGUCUUGAAAACACAGGCUUUGGGACACCUUUCAUACACUUUAAGGUAAAGGAUGAUUGUUGCCGAAUAUGGUUGCCAUUUAACUUCAAGAACUGGAAAAUAAUCACCACCGCAGCAACUGAUCGCCUGGAGAACAUGUUUGACGAGUACCAAGUACCAGUUUCAAUUAUGAGGACUUAUCAAACAAUAUCUGACUGGAUCAGUGCCGGAGUUUUUAUCACAGUUACAAAACAUAAAGUGCUAAACUUGAAAGGAAACAAUCUCAAAGGCACAGUUCCAGCUGCUCCAAGAAAAGCGGACAAGGAUAGAAGAAUUGCUUCAUUUGUGAGCAUGGAAACAACUUCUGGCAUUGUGGGUUUGUCAAUUGCCUGGUCUUGUACGCACAGGAGACCAAUAUGUAGGCAUCUCAGAACUUCAUCAGGAGAGCAAGAUUCAUCUAUUGGACUUAUCAAACAUAAUCUGACUGGAUCAGUGCCGGAGUUUUUAUCACGUUCAAAACAUAAAAGUGCUAAACUUGAAAGACAAUCUCAAAGGCACGUUCCAGCUGGGCCCAAGAAAAAGCGGACAAGGGUUGAACUUCUUAUGAGGGUUCAUCAUAAGAACUUGACAGCCCUUGUUGGUUACUGUGACGAAGAACUCGAAAUGGACUGA